CGUCAUUCCCAAGAGAUCUGCAACAAAUCAACCAAAGAAAAACAUCAGAUGAGAAGGCUUGGCGUCGUCCCAAAUCAAUGGCGGCGCCUUCGCCCUCCGCUCCUCCCUUCGACAAAAAGAAAGCUCCCUUUUACAAAAACCCCCUCCAAGAAACUCAUACUCAAAUAUAUCCCCUUCCUCGUCGUUCUCGCUCUCCUCCCUCCGAUCUUCUUCCAUUUGCGCCUCAAAAGAUUCCAACAGAUGAGGUUGAAGAAAUGUCGAUGGGUGGAGAAUCCGCCUCUAGUUUGUGCUCAUGGUGGGGAUUCCAGCAAAGCAGCUCCCAACACUAUGGAUGCAUAUCGCAUUGCAAUUGAUUCUCAUGUGGAUUGCAUUGAGAUUGAUGUCUCUCGUUCACUCGAUGGUGAAUUGUUUGCGCUUCACGACAGGGAUCUACAGAGGAUGUCGGGUAAUGGUACUGCGAAAGUCGGUUACAUGAGCAAGAAUGAGAUAAAGGAACUGGAUGCGAGCUUCCUGUUACAAUCAGAGUUUGGCAACCAAAAAGUGCCCACCAUCGAUGAUGCUUUAGGGUUGGUGUCACAAUCGGUAAGGCAGGUGGUUCUUGAUGUCAAAGUUGGGCCUCCCUCAUAUGAGAAAGGCUUAGCAAAUGAUAUAUUGUCUGUGGUUCAGAGAACAAAUUGCAAGAAUUGUUUAAUUUGGGCCAAGAGUGACAUACUAGGAAGGGAUGUGAUCAAAUUAACAUCAGAUGUUCCUGUGGGAUACAUUGUCUUGAAGGAUUUUUCGACUGGUAAAACGAGCAAGUUACUGAGGAUGAAAGAUGCCACAGUUGCUGGUGUUUACCAUCCUUUGAUUGAUGAGAGGCUUGUGAGAAUCUUGCAUGGGAAGGGCAAGAAAGUCUAUGCUUGGACAGUUGAUGAUGCUGGCUCCAUGCAGAGGUUGUUGUUUGAACAUGUUGAUGCCAUUGUUACCGGUCAUCCUUCUGAGCUUCAGCGCAUAAUGGCAGAUAUGAAAACAGAAUGUCUCGAGGAUGGCUAUUCUUUACCUUGACAAGGGCACGCAUUGACAUUCAAUUGCUAAAUCGAUGGCUAUUCUUUACCUUGACAAGGGCACGCGUUGACUUCAAUUGCUAAAUCGACCAACUUUAGGUUGGGAUGAUGCGCUUUUCAUCGCUUCCCCUCUCUUUUAUGAUUCUGUGGUUGUGACAAAUUCAUGUAAACCCUAAUUGUUUGUACAAAUGUGUUUGUUAGCGGCCGUUCUCUUCUCAUGGGCGGAAAAUGAUUAUGUGAGCGUCUCUGCUUCAAAAAUUCUCUUCUGUAAUUUGGUUUCUAUCCAGUUUAUGAUAGCAGUUCAGUUGGUUAAUAAUGGAAUGAGCCUGGGGAAGGCCGAUACAAUGAAAAUGCAACUUCGAGGUGCAAUUUUUCUAGGAUUUGAGGCCAUCUUUCUUGCAAGUUCAUUUCUUUCUACG